UAAAUCAGCUGGUAACAGUAAGCGCCGAUGUUCAAGGUCCUGGAAAAGUAUUCAUGUUAAAUGUAUUAAUUACCGACAUUACACACACACACAGCAAUCUGACAUGGAGUCCGCCAUAACAAUCUCAAGUGGAAGUAGACAUCGAAGUACUAAAAGCGAUGAAUUUGUUGAACUUCCCAUUGAGAUUAUAAUAUACAUCCUGCAGUUCCUGUCUUUGUCAGACAGAAUAAGUGCCUCUCAGGUGUGCCAUUUGUGGCAUAUGGCAUCAAAAGUCCUCAAACUGCAUAGCAAUGAAUUAGUAGUACUGCAAGAUGACCUCACGAGACCACUACAAGUCCUCGAAAAUAGUCUUGGAACAUUUCUGCAUUUUGUGUUCAAAGAAGUAGAACUAGGAGGAAAAUUAACCAAAUUUUGGGACAGAUUCUGUCCACAAAUGCAGUCUCUUUCCUUACAUACCUGUGAUAUAUCAGAAAAGACCUUUGUACAUAUUUUAUUAAAGUGCUCACAUUUAGAAACUCUCAGUGUGAAUGGGUGUCGUGAACUUUUAAUGUCAGGAAGAGUUCUGGAGCAGAAGUCUGAUGUUAUUCUGCUUAGUAAGACUCUCGUCAAACUUAGGAAGCUAAGUCUUGCUUCAAAUAGAUAUUUGUCAGAUGCACUUUUCAAUAGAUUUGUGGCAAUUAGUUCCAAUUUGGAAGAUCUGUCACUGACAGGAUGUCAGAUCUCUUUCCAUUUUGGACUGUGUAAGAAAUUUUACCCUGGUGACAUGUUAAAAUCUGGCUACAUAAUGGCAUCGGAAAGUGUUCUGACAUUCAGUAAUAUAUUACAAUACGUUGUGUCACAAGCAGGGAAGAUUAGAAAGUUGAGAUUUGGUGACACACUCAUUGAUAAUGCAGCAUUGUCACAACUAGCAGAAGUACCAGAAUUAUGUCUUGAAACACUACAUCUUCAGUCUUGCGAACAGCUGAACAAUACAGGCAUACUCAGACUCACAGAGUACCAGCAGAGUCUUACUGAAUUAGAUUUAAGUAACUGUUCACGCAUUGGUGAUCCUUCUUUCAUAGCUAUCUGUCACAACCUUAAGAACCUUUUGAUACUCAAUAUGGAGGCCUGCUGUGCCAUAACAAACACAGGCAUAUCAGAACUUUGUCAUCUCACGAAAUUAGUAAAUUUAAACUUGUCACAUUGUGAUCAGGUAUCAGGUGAGGGUAUUGAGAGGGGACUUUGCUCCUCCGUAAAUCUGCAUUUGCAACGACUUAAUCUCGCUGCACUCUCCUUAGAUGAGAGAACUGUGUGUCUUAUAGCAAAGAACCUUCCUAGGCUUAUAUAUCUUGACCUUGGAUGGUGUUUCAAUGCAGUGACAGACAUGUCUAUUCAGGCUAUUUGCCAACACCAACUGUGGCUUCGAUCCCUCAAACUGACACGGUGUGACCAAGUAACAGAUGCUGGACUCACAGGUUUGGGGUUGAGAACAAGAGGAUCAGAACAAGCAGAAGAACAAAAACAUGAAACUGAAGUUAGAACUAAGAUGGAAAAACAAAUUAAUGGACUGCUUGGUACUAGUAAUGACGGUAUGCCACACAGUGACCGCUUACACAGGAUAUCACUAAGGAGUAAAGCUGAACAGGAUAUAGUAAAUGAUGCUAAAAGGAAAAAAGUUGUAUUGCAGAUGUGUGAAGACCAGGACACAGAAGAAGUUGAAAAUGGUUUCUCAAUUGUUAGAUUGAAAGGUUUGCAAGAACUAGAUUUGCGUGGCUGCAACAGAAUCACAGAUGUUAGCCUUAAGUAUGCCUUUAGUUUUCUUGAACUUCGACAUUUAAAUCUGAGUCUCUGCCAGCAGGUAACAGAUACAGGCAUCUCAGAUCUGGCCUCAAAGAACCCCAGCAUUGAAACCCUUAUAAUGAUAAAAUGUCACAACAUCACAGACAGUGGCAUGAUUAAAUUUGUGACGAAUUUGUCAAGACUGAAACAUCUUGAAUUGCAGGGAUGCUCCCAGCUGACAGAUGCAAGCCUUACAGCAAUUGGACAGAGAUGUAGCAAUCUGAAGUACCUGGAUAUAAGCUACUGCUCUGGCAUGUCUCUGGAAGGGUCAGAACAUAUGGAAUUAUGCCUGCCAUCCCUGUACACACUUUACAAGCGGGGCCUUGCUUCGAAGGAAUUUCCUAAAUCUAGUGUAAAGGAACCAAAACAAGUACCUCCACCUCCAAAGUUCCGUUUUUUAUUGUGACACUAGUAACCACAUUAUUUAGUGAAAAUUAAAAUUUGGCAGCAAAAUAUAAAUGUUUUCCUAGUGAUAGGUUGAUGCUAAAGAUAAUGACCAAUAGAGAGAGCUUACAGCUUAAUGAUUUAUGAUGAAAGGUCUUGAUUUUACAGCAUUUAAAGAACUUUGAUUGAGAUUGGAGUAAGGGUGUUGUAGUAUGGACUGGAAACAUCUGGUUCAGGACACAAUCCAGUGAUGGGCUCUUGUAAAAACAAUAAUGAAUGUUCGAGUUCUGUGAGAAACGGAAUUUACUAUCAGGAUGGCAGUGAGCUUUACAGCAAGGACUCUGUUUCAUGGAGUUGGUCAGAAAUAAGAAAUAGGAAGGCAUGUCAAAACACUACUUUGGGUCCAACCAGGUCUCCCAUUUUAAGAAUGAGGACUACUUGUAUAUCUAUAUCUAUGCCAUUAUGUACCAUUCUGGAUAACAUUCAAACUAGUCUUAUGUAAAGUAUGUCAGAUUGCGGUUUCUGAUAAUCCCACCAGCAAACUCUAAUGCAUGACUGAUCUCUUGGGGCUCCAUCUACAUGACUGUCUAAUGUGUUUUACAUUUUUCAUACACCAGAUCUGUCAGUGAAUUUUCUUUUUAAAACAUUACCAGUUUCCUUAAACAGGUAAUACCAAAUUUCACUAAGAAAUUGUGUUAUGAACUGAUGGGUUUCAACCAUAUCCAGGUGAAAACUUAUACUGCAUUGUCAUAAAUUAUUUGUUUAAAGCAAACCAGAAGAAACACUGUUUCUUCUUGAACUGUUCCAGUUGCACUGAGGCAGAAAGUGGCAUGAGCUUAGAUUUAAGAAGCUGACACUAGUUUUGACACCAACAAGACAGAAACAAAACCAAGAUUUUGUUGAUUUUUCACAAUAAAAAUUUAACUUUUUAUUAUAUGGGUAUAUUUUCACAGUGCUUACCUCAAGUAUCUUUUCUCUUAGAGCCUCAUGAGUUUCCAACAGAUUUAUCUGUUAGUCCAGGUCUAAAGAUUACCAUUGUUACACUGCAAAUUAAAACCAACAGUUAGUGGUUUUCACAUUUUGUACAAAUAUUUUGUUUUUCUUGUUCAGUGAUACGUAUUGCAACAACCAGAUCUUUCCUGUCUCUAGUAAUGCUUAGUAAUUAAUUUUGAACACUUGAAUAUAAAAUGAUUUAAUCCCUUAAAAUUUUCCGACACUUUCAUUGCUUUGUAAUUACAAAUAUUAGAGAUUCAUCUGCUGAAAUGUUCAGUGUGUAAUAAUAUGGACAUAUCUAUGUGUAAACUGAAAGUGACUUCUGAUUGUAACUUAUUAUGAGUUAAGCAAGUACUGAAUGAAGGUCUUGAAAAACACAUAUAUGACUAUGUAUUAUAAUGACACAUGAAAUUUAAAAAUAACUAUGUAAUACUGUUUAUUUCUAAGAUUCUUCUAGUGAAAUAUCAUCAAAUUGUCAUAGAAUGAAAUCAUUUAAGGGCAGUGGUAUUUUCAAAGCUGCCAUGAAUGCCCGUCACUUUUGAAGAAUUCUGAUUCUUUUUGGAUUCUUUGUUCAGAAUAAUAUAGUUGAAAUUGUCCAUCUGCCCCCCAUUUCAGAUUCAGACAUUGGUGUUACAGACUAACGUCCUAAUUUUUGUGAAAUUUGGUAUUGCCAUGUCACAGACUUGAUGACUUCUGAGAUGAGAAAAUACUAGCAUAAUUCAGAGUGUGCUCUUCAAGUUAUGUCCUAAGUCUUUGUUUGUAUAAGAGAAGGCUCAAACUUUAGAGGCUUAACUCCAUUGAUGUUCAUAAAAUGUGCACCCAAAUUGCAAUUAACUUCACAGUUAAGAGUUUGAAGUUUUAUAAAAUAAUGUGGAUAUUGUGGUAGCCUCCAAAUAGCACAUAAAUUUGGUAGGGAGAACUACAAAUUGUGCAGUGCUGUGUUAGAGGUCCAACAGAAAUAAAAGGUGAUGUAUAUUGAUAAAUUUAUAUAGUCAUAAGUCAGUAUUAAUAGGUUAAAGAUGCAAUGUAGUUCCACUGAUUGAAACUAUCUCUGUACAUAAAAUUUUGUUUAAAUUGUACAGACUGUAAUUUAAUGUGUUUAAUAGAAAUCAAAUAAUGUUAAAUUAAAAAUUAUUUAAUUAUAUUUAAGAAUGUGAUUUGUAAAUACUCCCAGUAAUAUGUAACACACAGUGAAAUGUAAAUUAUUGCUGAUAAAGUUUUAUCAGAUUUGCUCAGCUAUUGUGCCAGUGUAAUAAAUUGCAGACUGGUAAUUUUUUACUCUUAA